AUGAUGAAGCAUCACCAACAAAAUGACUCGAAUUAUCAUAGCGAAGCAACAAUUACUCCAACUAUUUGUUCUAUCGCUGCUCCGUUUUGUCCAGAUUUUGAACACGAACUUUCGACAGAGUCUGUUCUCAAUUCUAAUAGUUCCAAUACUAAUAACAAUUCUACUACUACAAUUACGACCGCUACUGUGAAUAUGGCUACUAUGAAGGAAUGUUCGUCGUCACCAAUGGAGCAACCUCUAACACCUCAUUCGCCAACACCACCCCCUCCCUCACAUCAGCCUGAGGAACUGCAACUGCAACGACAACAACUGGACGAUCAAGUUGUUCCACCAGACCUUGAUAAUCUCGGUCUCUUUACGCCUGUUGACGAAUUAAACCAAAAAUACGAAAUACCAUAUUAUAAUAAUCACUCUGAUACUUUAACUUAUUCGGCUACCUCAAUGCCUCAGCAAUCGAUUUUUGAUAAUGACUAUAAUGUCGCGUUGACAUUAGCCAAAGAUAUGUCAAUCCCGCAUUUUUCAUAUCCGCAAGACGAGUCACAACUGUUUACAACGAUGGCAGAAUGUUUCCCAAUCCAAGCAAAUGUCGAAGACGUGCAAUCUUAUGUUAAUGGUCUCGCGUCUCCAGAUCUCUCGCAGCAUUCGAAAUUCUCGCCACAUUCUACUUUCUCACCUUUAUCACCGCUGUCACCACUCGAUGAACAGACCUCCUUAUUUGAUUUUGACACGAAGGUUUACUCGCACGAUAUGCCUCCUUCGUUGGACAGUCGAGAUUUCUUUGCAAGUGAUUCAUUUGUACACAAUAAAUCUUUUGAUGAAACUUUAUUUCUUCGAAAAUUUGCCGGCGCUUCGAUAAAACAUGAAAGUGAAUCACAUGUUUAUCGUCGCAACAAAUCAUCAUCACAACAACAUGCGCCAUAUCCUAUUCCCUCGCCAACCAACUCGGAUAUCUCACAGCGACUUCACAUUGAAACAGCUUUGGCGCCGCCACCAACAAAAUCAUCGCGAAGGACCACAAAAUCAGCUGCACCUUUCGCCUGUCCGCAUGAACAUUGUCCAAAAACUUUCACGCGUCAAUACAAUCUGAAAUCACAUCUUCGUACACACACCGAUGAACGACCCUUCAUUUGCAAUUAUCCCGGUUGUCCGCGUGCUUUUGCCCGACAGCAUGAUCUUAAAAGACAUCAGAAAUUGCAUUUAGGAUUGAAACCACAUGUAUGUACGAACUGUGGACGUGCAUUUGCGAGAUUGGAUGCGCUUAAUCGUCAUUUACGAAGUGAUAAUGCUGCUCAGUGUGCUCAAGCAACUUUGGCCGCCAAUCGAAUUAAUGCCGAUAUGGUUAAACUAAGUGAAUUAUUUGUCGCCGGUCAGGUUUAG